AGGCGGAAGUUUCGACGGUUGCUCCGGGUGAAGAGUGACAGCGUCGCAGCAAACAAGCAACUCUUUUCUCCCCUAAUCCGGCCCGGCAGCCUCCCCUCUCCCUCUCCAUCGCCCAUGGCGUCCAACUCCGACAUGGACAUCGAGGGUGCGACGCAGCACCUGCGGGACAUCCUGAAGCUCGACCGCCCGGGCAGCGAUGCACAGUCAAGUGAUGGCCUGAGAAAGACAUCUUUCAACGGAGAACUAAAUGGGUUGCUGGGAGUAGGCCUGCUGGGAACCACUGAUCGCUCAGCCAUGUCAGAAUCUACCAGACCCAUCUCCACAGAUUUGAGCACUGCUGAGGAGACUCAGACAAUAUGCCUUUCUGGUGACGAUGGAUCCAGUUGUAAGCCCAUCACUUCCAACAAUGUGGAGAUAGUAGCGAGUGAAGACUCGAGCAUCAACAGCAAAGCACGGGGCAGCAACAAGGUUAAGAUUCAACCUGUUGCAAAGUACGACUGGGAACACAAGUAUUACUAUGGGAGACUGAUAGCUGUGUCCAACUCCUUCCUGGCCUACGCCAUCAGAGGAACCAACAAUCAUGCUAUGAUUCGGGUCCUGAGUUUGGAAUUGAAUGAGCGAUCCCUACUUAAAGGAUUCACCGGGGCUGUCACAGAUCUGGCUUUUGCUCACCUCGAUUCGUCGCUGUUGGGUUGUGUUGAUGAAGCAGGAAACCUGAUGGUCUGGCAGCUCACAUACACCAGUGGCAAAAUACUAGAUCAGAUAAUGGUUCAUAUUCAACGGCCAGAAGAUACUCCCCUCAGCUCCCACCGUCGCCUCAUCUGGUGCCCGUUCAUCCUGGAUGACAAUGAGGAGAACCAGGAUGACACAAGUCAAACUCUGGCCCUUCUACAUGAAGACAGGGCUGAAGUGUGGGACCUUGAAAUCUUGAGAGCCAACAACAGCAGUUGGCCUGUUAAUGCUACAGAUCUCAAAGAAGGUCUUAUCACAGUGAAGGGCCACACCCAGCGAGUCAGUGAAGGUGCACUGUCUCCUGACGGAACAGUGUUGGCGACAGCCAGCCAUGACGGAUACAUAAAGUUCUGGCAGAUAUACAUAGAAGGUGGACAAGACAAGCCCAGGUUGUACAGAUGUCUUCAUGAGUUACGCCCUCACGGAGGACGUCCCCUGUCCUGCCUUCUUUUCUGUGACAACCACAAGAGACAGGACCCAGAAGUUCCUUUCUGGCGGUUUCUGAUCACAGGAGCAGACCAGAAUCAGGAGUUGAAGAUGUGGUGCACCGUUUCCUGGACCUGUUUACAAACCAUCAGGUUCUGUCCAGAUCCAUUCAACUCAUCAGUUCUGCCAGGUCUCAAGGCCAGUUUGGACCUCUCUGCUGAAUAUCUCAUCCUGACUGAUGUGCAGAGAAAGGUUCUGUAUGUGAUGGAGCUGCGGCAGGACCUAGAAAGGGGAAAGGCCAGUUUCACAGCCGUGUCAGAAUUCCUGCUCACCCACCCAGUGCUCAGCUUCGGAGUCCGGGAUGUCAGCCACAGCCGACUGCGACACACCGAGGUCCUCCCCGCAGAGGAAGAGAGCGAGAGCAUAACAACAGAAGGAACUCAAGGCCCCACAGAGUCCAAGUCUGGGAUCCAGAUUAAACUCUACUGUGUCCAUACCAAGAGUUUGCAGGAUGUCCAGAUCUGGUUUCAGCCCAACGGGAGUUCCCACUUGCCAGAGUUUCUUCCCCGUUCUGAUUCUCAAGAUGGGCUUGCAGGGUUUUUGGACCAUUUCACUGAUCAGAGCUCUGACAAGGAAUCGGGGAGUGGCUCGCAGACCGACUUGAGGAAGAUCCCAUCACUUCCUGCACCUUCGGACUUCCUGACCAACUCGGGCAUCAGUAGCGGCGCGAUGCCCAAGCUGAUGACUCCCGAUGCUUUCAUGACACCAAGCACUUCGGUACCAGUGUCUCCUGGAAGCAGUGCCAGCAGUCUGACUAUCGUGACGGGUAUCAGCAGCAACUCGGACUCAACCAACAGAGCUUUGGACGACAUCAGUCAGAGUCCCAGCAGAGCGGACAACAACAACGGCAGCAGCAGUCUGGGGCUCUCUGGCCCCACCAGCAGUCCGAGAGCUGCUUCUGCUGUGCUCCUGCCUGGACUCGAGACUCUACAGCCUUUGCCAUCUCCUAUUGGUCCCCUGGCUAUGGACAACUCUCAGAUUCUGGAUUCCCCGCUGCUGCCGCCUCUGGCCUCCCCGACCAGGGCCCGCUCCCCUGAUGUCAUCUCCUCAGCCUCCACAGCCAUUUCUCAGGACAUGCCCGAGAUCGCAUCUCAGACCUUGCAGCUUCAACGUGGACUUGUGCCCAGUUUAGAGUCCUUACCCCUUUCAACACUGCAGACGGACAGUAUGGCCUCUGCCGCCUCUGCUCUGCACCUGCUAACCUCGCAACGCACAGGCAACAACAGCAGCUUGUUGCACCUUGAGCUCGGAGGUGCAGAUGGGCCAGUGGGCGGGGCAGCAGAGACGGAGCCCCGACUCAGCAACACACCUUCUCUUCUUGAGACUGCAUUAUCCCAGGAAAACUCUGGAGCUGCAGGAGGUUCCUCAGAUGCCAACAUCAGCCAUACAGCGUGGCCAGCUGCCCCAGACAUCACCAGGGAAACGAGGAACAGUCUCAGAGACAACGGCCUGGGAGACUGUUCAAGAGAGGAGACAAAGGACCGACGCUUGAGCUCACCUUAUCAUCGCCGCUCCUAUCACCUCACACAGAACGACAGUCAUGAUGCGGGUGCAGCUCAAAGUGACCCUGACGAUGAGGUGGCCAGUCUGGCGUCGUCCUCUGGAAACUGCGACUCUCGAUCUUCUCACAGAAUAUCAGUUAACGACUGGAAGAACUCACCGCGAAGCUCGCCGAAACUAAAGAGGAAGAUCAAGAAAGAUGACGGUGAAUCAUCCCAGUCCAGACAAAUGGAUCCCGGUCAGUUUAAUACCGAAACGCAGAACGAGCUGCUGAUGCUGCUGCGGACCCAGCAGAGAGAGUUGUCUGAGCUGUGGGGACUCGUGGAGACCAUGCCCAAUGCCAUCAUGGCUCAGGUUGAGCACGUCCUGGUUAAACAACAGGAACAUGAGCACCGCAGACUAGAGAGAGUCCUGGCAGAGAGUCAGAACCAUCACCAGCAGCUUCAGGAACAACUGGGCCAGCAGGUCAGCCACACCCUCAGCUCGGCGCUGACCAACAAGAUGGACAAGGUGCUACGAGAGGAGCUAAAGAAAACAGUCCCACAAACAAUUUCUAAGAGUCUGGAGCCGAUGACGGGUCAGCUGAACAGCACCAUUGCUGCUAAACUGACCAACGUAGAGGUCAACCUGAAGGACAAUGUUGGCAAGGUGGUCAAGUCAAAGAACACAACAGACGCUAUCGGUCGAGCGGCAGCUGAAGCCAUGCAGGGGCCCAUUCAAGCCGCCUACAAAGACGCCUUCCAGAGCAUCGUCCUGCCUGGCUUUGAAAGGAGCUGCCAGUCCAUGUUUCAACAGAUCAAUGACAGCUUCAAACAAGGCACACAAGAAUACAUCCAGCAACUGGAGUCUCACAUGAAGAGCAGGAAGCAGAGAGAGCAGGAGGCGAGGGACCCUGUGGUUGCACAGCUGCAGCAGAUGAUCGACAGCUUCCAGACCUCCACCGAUCAACUGGCAAACAACAUAACGACGACAGUCAGGACUGAGGUCCAGCACCAGAUGCAGAUGAUGGUGGGAAAUCUGCAGGAGUCUAUUCUUAGCCAUGUGCAGCGGAUUGUCAAAGGAGAGGUGGGCAUGGCGAUGAAGGAGCAGCAGGCAGUGGUCACCUCCAGCAUCAUGCAGGCAAUGAGGUCAGCAGCCGGGACACCUGUCCACACGGCACACCUGGACUACCAGACGCAGCAGGCCAACAUCCUGCAGCUCCUCCAGCAGGGCCAGCUCAACCAGGCCUUCCAGCAGGCUCUGUCGGCGACGGAUCUCAACCUGGUCCUGUAUGUGUGCGAGACCAUCGACUCCCAGCAGGUGUUCGGCCAGCACCCCUGCCCUCUCAGCCAGCCCGUGCUGCUGUCGCUCAUCCAGCAGCUUUCCUCCAACCUCAGCACCCGCUCCGAACUCAAGAUCAGCUACCUGGAGGAUGCGGUGAUGAAUCUGGACCACAGCGACCCCCUGACCCGAGACCAUAUGGCGUCGGUGUUGACCCAGGUCCGACCGAAGCUGCUGACCUUCCUGCAGCAGGACCCGCACAGCCCGCUCAGCAAGAGGGCGCGGCGCCUGGUCAUGAUGCUGCAGGGACUCGUCAACCACUAGUCCCGCCGCGGCAGGUCCAUGCAGAUCAAGUAUGUCCACGAAUGUUUUAGAGACGGAAGCGCCGGGGACCGCUUCCACCUACUUGCAACCAGAUUCUUGUAACUGAGACAAAGACCUGAACUCGUCUCUUUGUUGCAUUUUCCCCAGUCUUCAUUUAUGCACCACAGGAAUCAAGAAAUAGAUUUUUUUUUUUUUUUUUUUUGGUUAUUAUUUUUUCCUUGCUGCAGAAGCAUCACUGAUCAUUGUAGAUCCUGCUGCUUUUUAGUCCCAGGAAACACAUUCUGGACAUCUCUGUAUCACUUCACCCAAAACCUUACACUCCUUAGAUGUCAUUUUCAUCCAAACCAGUUGAACGUUCAUCCGGCGCUCCUGUGAGACGUCAUGGUGCAGGUGGGGCUACAUCCAUUCAGCAGAGGGAAUCCGAAGGAAACCUGUUUGGCCUCAUAAUAUCGCCUCGUUUUCGGCCUGAGGAGCAGACAGCAGCUCGGACUUCCUGCAUUUUUCUUUAGCACAGACCAGCAUCCUUCACUCGCCUGGAUUUUUGCAGGAUUAUGUCGUUUUAAGUUGUGGUUUUUUUAAUGCUAAUCCUGGCAACCAAAAAUAUAACAUUCAAUGCCAUUAUAUGUUGGCAACAUAUUUUUUUUUUUAUCUAUUUUUCUUAAUAGCCAUGAGGUGAUAUGAUUGUCACAUCAAUUCUUUAAAGAAGAUCAAGGAUAAUAGAAGUUGUUGAUCAGCGUAACGACUCAAGUUUUCAGGAGGAUAAAAUAUGGUUUAACAUAAUAACUGAAGAAGUUUGUUUUUGAUGUGUGACAAGUAUUCGCGAAGCUGAAAAGAGUUCUCCCUUUAAAAUCUGAAAUAUUUGGAGGCCAACGUUGCAGCUGGCUGCCGUCCAGAUAGAUACACCACUGACCUGUAAUUGUUCAAACUUCUCCCCACGUUUUCUCCUCUGUUAGCUCCUUUUUUUAUAUUAGCAUUUACUAUUUGUAAGCCAUGUAUACUUGCUUUAGGAUUUGUCUAAAUAGUUUAAUAAAAACACUUCUUACGCGAUUGUUACUGACAUUAUUUUACCAGGAUCUUCCCAAAAAGACAUUUGUGAAGCUAAUGUGCAGUUACCUCUCUUAGGCUCUAGGUGGCAGCACUUAGUUUAAUUUUUAAGUUUUGGGUUCAGAAAUCAUUCCUGGUCUUACCCGUAUAUUUUACCAGUGAGAACCCUGUCUUUAGGUUGUAAAUGCACACUUUGUCGCGAAAAGUGUAUGAUAAUUUGUGUACAGCUCAUUCACGCAUCACCGUCGCACUGUUUUUCUGAUUUGUAAAAUAAAAGUUCUGUUCAUUUGACUUGUGUGUUUAGAAUCUGUUGGGUUUGUCUAGAAAGUGCCUUACUGUAUUUUAUCUGUUUUUGACAGCUCGUAAGGUUCACGCGUGACACCGCUGCAGCUGUUAGAUCCGCGGUAAGGCCCAAGCGGAGCAGCGGCACAGAACCCGUUUUUGUUGACUGCAGACACGUGUUUAGGACGGAUUUACAAACGCUCAGUUCAGAAGGAAAGAGAAGUGUUAUUUUGACUACUAGCAGUUUGAGCUCUCAUCUGCAGACUCGGUUAAACGUUCAUGAGGCUUGUGUGAAUGUUUCUUUUCCUCUGUUGUGUUUGUUUCUGUCUGCUUGGAUGGUCAUGUACCUCCUACAGUUUAUUUUACCCUCAACAUUUUGGAAUAAAAAAAGAAAUGUUCAAUUUA